GGCGGCCUUAGAGGAGUCACUCGGUCCUCUGAUUCAGUCCUUUCGCAGCCUCCGCUGGACGUUGUUGGAUAUUUUACGUCCCCGUUUCCACCUCUAAGUCUUCAAGAUGCCGCGUGACAAGUGUGCAGAUCAACUGAACGAUUUCAAGAAACAACAGACGGCUCCCGAUAACCUGACCACGAGCCAUGGAUGCCCCCUCUCAGACAAGCUCAAUUCCCUGACUGUAGGUCCAAGGGGCCCCAUCCUCCUGCAGGACAUUCAGCUCCUUGAUGAGAUGGCGCACUUCGAUCGCGAGCGCAUCCCAGAGAGAGUUGUGCAUGCUAAGGGAGCAGGUGCCUUUGGUUACUUUGAGGUUACACAUGAUAUAUCCAAGUACUGUAAGGCUGCUUUGUUCAGUGAGAUUGGGAAACGAACUCCCAUUGCUGUUCGUUACUCCACUGUAGGAGGCGAGAGUGGAUCAGCUGACACUGCCAGGGAUCCUCGAGGAUUUGCUGUGAAGUUUUACACAGAAGAAGGAAAUUGGGAUCUCGUGGGGAACAACACCCCCAUUUUCUUCAUCAGGGAUCCUAUUCUGUUCCCAUCCUUCAUUCACACUCAGAAAAGAAACCCUGCAACUCAUUUAAAGGAUGCUGACAUGUUUUGGGAUUUCAUCAGCCUGCGACCAGAAACAACACACCAAGUGUCGUUCCUCUUCUCUGACAGAGGAACCCCUGACGGCUAUCGUCACAUGAAUGGCUACGGUUCACAUACUUUCAAGCUUGUUAAUGCAAAGGGAGAAGCUUUCUACUGCAAGUUCCAUUACAAGACGGACCAAGGCAUCAAGUGUCUGAGCUGCAAGAAGGCUGAUGAACUGGCAGGCUCUGACCCAGAUUAUGCAACAAGAGACCUAUACAAUGCUAUUGCAAGUGGUGAUUACCCCUCAUACACUAUGUAUAUUCAGGUGAUGACAUUCGAAGAAGCAGAGAAGUGGAAGUUUAAUCCAUUUGACCUGACCAAAGUAUGGCCUCAUGGGGAGUUCCCACUUAUCCCUGUUGGCCGUCUCACUUUUGACCGCAAUCCAAAGAAUUACUUUGCCGAGGUGGAGCAGAUUGCAUUCGCACCUGCCAACAUGGUGCCCGGUAUUGAGGCUUCCCCUGACAAGAUGUUGCAAGGCCGCCUCUUCUCGUACAACGACACUCACCGUCACCGCCUGGGCGCCAACUACUCUCAGAUCCCUGUGAACUGCCCAUACCGUGCUCGUACAAGGAACUACCAGAGGGACGGCCCCAUGUGUGUCGAUGGCAAUCAGGAAAGUGCACCUAACUACUUCCCCAACAGCUUUAGUGGCCCACAGGACUGCAGGAAACACACUGUUCCUAAAUUUUCUGUUUCUGCUGAUGUUGAUCGCUACAACAGUGCUGAUGAGGACAACUUUACCCAAGUUGGCAUUUUCUAUCGCCAGGUGUUGAACGAGGCAGAACGCCAGCGUUUGGUGGAGAACAUUGCUGGUCACAUGAUUGGAGCCCAAGAGUUCAUCCAGGAACGAGCAAUCAGAAACUUUGCCCAGGCUGAUCCAGAGUACGGUGCCAACAUCCGCCGUGCGCUUGACAAGAUAAAGAUGGCCCAGGCUUCAACUAAAACACAACACAUUCAGGCCUUAGCUGCAUCAAGCAAUGGGGCCAAGUUAUAGAUGUGCAAGGUGUUGGCUGUAAUGUGACUUGGCAUCCAGAUGGUAGAUGUGACAUUUUGGGUUGUAAAGUGAUUGUGAUAUGGGGCUUCUUUUGUGAAUCCUUUAUUGAAUAUGAUAGUUCAUUUUGGAAUAAAGGAGAAGCAGUUUAAAUUUUUUGUUAUGUAUGAAGUUCAAAUAUAUUUCCUUUUAAUUACAAGAUCGUUUUUAUUCUUUAGCUGAGUUUAUGCUAGCAUAUAUAAUUUCCUGAGUUUAUACAAUAUAUAUAUUUUUUCCUUUUCUGUCAUUCAUUCAUUCAUACAGUAGGAGUUUUCAUUAGAUUUCAGCGUCAAAUUACCUUAGAGCAAAAAAUUUGUUCUUCAGUGUUGAUUUCUGUUACGGCCUGUCCACAUGAUUGAAACCGGCCCAACAUGUGCAGUAUGAGAACUAUGGUGCUUAGUGAUAAAAAGGUCUAUGGUUGUGUAUGACAUUAAAGAAAAGGAAUGAUUAAUAUAUAUGAUAUAUCUUUCUAUUUAGUAUGGUGAACUAUCAAAUUAGUUCCAUAAUGGAAAGACGCAUGAGAAAAGCCAUGUUUCUCCAGAAAGGGUCACAUUUUCUGAGGACAAAAAUGUUCCUUGAAUUUCAAUUUUUACAUAACCUAUUUAAUUUAAUUAUGGUGAUAACUACUAUAGGCACUUUUUAUCUUGGAUUAUAUUAACAAAUACAUGCUAAAUGGUCAUACUACCAUUCAUCCAAGUGGUAACUCUAUCAGCUGGCAGACUGCUUGCUUUUGGCCAUGGGCACUGCUCGAUUGCGUGUACAGGUCUUUAGGAUGGGUUCUGAAGAGACAUCAUUACAGCAAUUUCCUACAUAAGAAAAGCAAGAUAAAUUGCUUUGAGUAAAUUGUAACAAUUUUAGAUAACCACAUUCUAAUUUUAAUGUUUCUUUGGGAUGUCAGUUACUUAAUCCUCUUGAGGAGAUAUUAUGUUGUAUUGGUAAUCAUGUUUGCUUAGCAUUUAACCCUUAGCUGUACUGAAUAUUGUAUAUGAAAGUACAUUUCUUUACAUAUUUGUCAAUACCGAAUGUGCUAAUUUUCCCAGUUAGAUGAUAAGACAAAUGCAUAUGAGAUGCUCUUGCACUAGAUUGAACUAAUAUUCAAGGACUUUUGAUAUUUAGUUAGUUCUGUGUGCUGUUUAGAAGAAUUGUAAUUUGCAUUUAUUUUACCUCUGAAUAUUGCAUGAAAGUUCUUUUACUGGCAUAUACAUUUUAAUGCAGAUAUACUAUAAUGACCCAGUAUUACAAUAUACCUAAAGCAACAUGCAGAAGGAUAGUGAUCUGUUGAGGUAACUUCAUUUUACAUCAACACAGUGUAAUGAUAAACUUGCAUUUAUAGCUGAAGUCAUAUGACAGAUAGUCAGAAGGUUAAAGUUUUCUUACCAUUAAGGUUUAGUACUAAGAAAUAUUUUUAUAUGUUUUACAAAGGAUUUUAAUGUGAGAGAUGUCAGGUCACCAUGAAAAAUUGUUCUCUUUAGUUGCAGGGAUGCUAGCUGAUGUUUAAUACUUUAUUAUCAUCAUUAUUUUUUGGGUAGAAUCCACUUAUAGUAUGAACAGUAUAUAUAAUACUUGACCUUGUGAUGUUAUAUGGUUGCUAAAUUGUUUCGCAUGAUACCUGUGUAUAUUGACAUUCAUUGUAAUAUAUAUGAUAUAGAAGA